GAAUACAGCCUAAACUGAGGAACACCUGCAGACAAGAUGAACUCGGCAGUCGCAUUUCUUUUCUGUGGUCUGGUGGCCUACGGGAGCGCCAGUACCUGUGAGAACAUCUGUACUCCGGUCUGCACCGGGGGAACCGCCGGAGGUGGAGCUCUCAUUGGGGACAUCCCUGGUGCUAUCAUCGGAGGGGCUCUGUCGGGGACAUGCAGCCCUGUGUGCCACAAAGUCUGCAGCUUGGGCAAGAGGAACAUCGAUAGGUGGUUCGAGACCGUCUUCCCUCCACAUCUCACAGACUAUGAUCUCAACGGUGAUGGACAAAUCUCUCUUAAGGAGUUCGCUGCUGGUUUCAAGGGCAGCCACCUUGACUUCGCUACCCGUCACAUCUUCCACUUGUCUGACAAGGACGCCGAUGGAUUUCUGUCUGCCCUGGAGCUGGCUCUUGCUCCCCCUCAAGUUCAACUAAGUUCAGUGAAAAUAAAACUUUUGUUCGGACAUAAACAAAUCAAGUACCAGCUAGCCUAAGACAGAAAUGUGUUGCUACUUCGAAAAACGCAGCUCAGUAAAUUGUAAUGGGAAGCCUGUAGCAAGAGAGACAAUUUUGCUCAAUAAACCUAAAGUUAGUAAAGUCAAAAUGUAAAUAAAUACACUCUCAACGGCCGAAAAUUGUCUA